AUGGUCAAGACGACGUUGAACCCGAUGGAGACGUAUCGCCGGGAGCAGAAGAAGAAGGAGGUGAAGAAGCACCGAGCAGAGCGACAGAAGGAGAAGAAGGAGAAGCUGCAGUCGAUGGAUCGAGUGGCGCUGGAGGAGCAGCUCAAGCUCCUGGAGCGCCAAAUGGCUGUGAAAACCUCAACGGACGGGCCCAGCCGCAAGCGCAAACAGGAGCUGGAAGACACGCUGCGAGCGGUCGUAAAGAGGCAGAAAGAGAUGGAGGAGGAGGAAGAGCGCAGGAAGAAGUUGACAGACGCGUCGCUUCCGUCGCCAAUGAGUUUGACGGAGUUGAUGCAGAGGAACAGAGAGAAGUUUGAGAACCCAGAGGACUCGAUCUACUACCACCCGACGCUGAAUCCGUUUGGAGCGCCACCGCCAGGAAAGCCGCAACUGUACCGCCAAGGGCAACAACCCUCCGGUCCAAUGGGAUUACCUAGGAGCCCUUGCCACGGGCAGCCUAGCCAGCAUCGACAUCUGGAACGUCCAUCGCAGCAUAGAUUUCAGCAUCGACUGCUGCUACCCAGAAUCGAGCGACGAAUACAAGAGCCUCCAUUUGCAACAAUGCAGCAGCCGCGUGGGAUGGUGAAACGGCCUGGAAAGCGACCACCGCUGCCGUUGGAUCCCCCGCCACCAGGGACGAUUCAGGUGCCUUGUCGACCGCCGUUACCGAGUGGAGUGAUUCCGGUGCGUCCGCCUCCUCCGCCACCUGCUCACGUGCAACCUACUGCAACGAUGUCGCUGCCGGCUUCAUCGUUGAUACAACAGACGCAUCAGGAGGUGUUGUCACCUUCGAACCCCAUGGUAACAGUUGCAGCUGUCGAUGGCAAUCGUCAAGGAGUAGCUGUCACGGACGAAGACAACAACGUAGUUGCUCCCUAUUCAACAACUGAGGCGCACACCAUCGACGACUGUCGAGUGGAAGACGAUCAAGUGAUGGACGAAGACGCAGCGGGAAGACGGGCGCAACUCUGUUCGCUCGUUCCAGUGGCUCUUCGAGUGCAUCGACAAGUUCCUGUCACCCCGAGCCGCGCUGCAAUAGCCGGCAGUGUCCCUUCCGUCAUUACUCGACGUAGCUCAGUUCCUGCACCUCGCACUUCUGUGCUUCGACCUGCUCGAUCAGUGGACGUUGCUCCUUCAGUUUCGAGAUGUGCGACAACCACCACCACCACCUCCGCGAGUAGCUCCAUGUCGAAAGAGUAUGACGCUUUUAUAGAGGACAUGAAAGAGCUGCUCUAA